CUUCCUCUUCCUCCUCGAGCAGCCGAGCUGGCGUCGCUUCCCACCACCAUCUGGAGCUAGCUCGCGCGCAUCGCCGACCAUUUCAAAACCUGAACCACCAAAGCGCAAAAGGUCGCCUCGAUCCUUUCCUUCCACUCCAAGUCUCCGACCAAAACCAGCGCGCACUCCCCUCGGAUCCGCAUGGCGCCGCUCGGCGCCGGCGCCGACACGGUCGCGACGGCGUGGGCGGCGUUAAGGGCCCACGCGGUUGCUCCGGCGCUGCGGGCGGCGGUGUGGGCGUGCCUCGCCAUGUCGUCCAUGCUCCUCGUGGAGGCCGCCUGCAUGAGCCUCGUCAGCCUCGUGGCCGUCCGGAUGCUGCGGUGGCGGCCUCAACGGAGGUACAAGUGGGAACCCAUGGCAGGGGCCGCGGCCGGCUGCGACGUGGAGGAUCCAGCUGAAUUGACGGAUGGCCGCGAGUUCCCGAGGGUGCUCGUGCAGAUCCCCAUGUACAACGAGAAGGAGGUGUACAAGCUAUCCAUUGGAGCUGCGUGUGCUCUCACAUGGCCACCAGACCGUAUUAUAAUCCAAGUCUUGGACGACUCCACUGAUCCGAUUAUUAAAGAACUAGUGGAGCUUGAAUGUCAGGACUGGGCCAGCAAGAAAAUUGACAUCAAGUAUGAGGUUAGAAAUAACAGGAAGGGAUACAAAGCUGGAGCUUUGAAGAAAGGCAUGGAACAUGUGUAUGCGCAACAGUGUGACUUCAUUGCUAUCUUUGACGCAGAUUUCCAACCCGAAUCUGACUUCCUUCUAAAAACUAUACCAUUUCUUGUGCAUAACCCGGAGAUUGCGCUUGUUCAAGCACGUUGGGAGUUUGUGAACUACGAUGUUUGCCUGAUGACAAGGAUACAGAAGAUGUCACUGGACUAUCAUUUCAAAGUCGAGCAGGAAUCAGGCUCAUUUAUGCAUGCUUUCUUUGGUUUCAAUGGUACAGCUGGUGUGUGGCGUGUAUCUGCUAUUAAUCAAUCUGGAGGAUGGAAAGAUCGCACCACUGUGGAGGACAUGGAUCUGGCAGUACGGGCAGGCCUCAAGGGAUGGGAAUUCUUGUAUGUAGGUGAUAUAAGGGUCAAGAGUGAACUCCCAAGUACCUUCAAGGCCUACCGUCAUCAACAACAUAGGUGGACUUGUGGUGCCGCCAAUCUCUUCAGAAAAAUGGGAUGGGAAAUCGCGACAAAUAAGGGAGUGUCAAUAUGGAAGAAAUAUCACCUUUUAUACAGCUUUUUCUUUGUACGGAGGGUCAUUGCUCCCAUCCUUACAUUCGUGUUGUACUGUGUUGUCAUUCCAUUAUCUGCUAUGGUUCCUGAAGUCACUAUUCCUGUCUGGGGGCUAGUCUACAUUCCUACUGCCAUUACCAUCAUGAAUGCCAUUAGAAAUCCUAGGUCUCUCCAUCUGAUGCCAUUCUGGAUUCUGUUUGAAAAUGUAAUGUCCAUGCACCGCAUGCGUGCAGCUCUAACCGGUUUACUCGAGACUGCACACGCAAAUGAUUGGGUGGUUACUGAGAAGGUAGGAGAUCUGGUGAAUGACGAUCAUAAUGUCCCACUCCUUGAACCAUUGAAGCCCACUGAACGUGCGGAGAGGAUUUACAUCCCUGAGCUCUUGCUUGCGCUAUAUCUCUUGAUAUGUGCCUCAUAUGAUUUCAUGUUUGGAAGCCGGACAUACUACAUGUACAUCUACCUCCAGGCCUUUGCAUUCAUUGUAUUGGGGUUUGGUUUUGUCGGAACGAAAACUCCAUGUUCCUAGAAUAUUUACUACUCCCUCCAUUCCAUAAUAAAUGUCGGGAUUUAGUACAAAAUAGUAACAACUUUGUACUAAACUGGGACACUUAUUAUGGGUCGGAAGAAGUACUAACCAUUUUACAUUUCACAAUUUAUUCUUGGGAUGCAAUAGUUUGCAUGCAAGGAAGAUACACGCUUGAUCUGAUGUGACAAAGUAAUUUAUAUGAAAUUGGGUAUUUCUCUUGGCAA